GGUUUGCCUCUUCCCGGCUUCCCUACUCGCCUAGGUCCUGCAGUGCUGCUGAGACGCGCUGAGCUGAUAGGCAGUUCCCCAGCUCCGCCGACUGACAUCCCAACAUGACACACCGCGUCCUCUGCGCCCUCUUCCUCCUGGGUGCAGCCGCCUCAACGGCUUGGGCCUCCGACGUUUUGGAGCUUACCGAUGACAACUUUGCCAGCGUUGUCCCCCAGCAUAGCAUCCUGCUCGUUGAGUUCUUCGCUCCCUGGUGUGGCCACUGCAAGAAACUCGCUCCUGAAUAUGAGGCAGCUGCCACCAGGCUUAAAGGCACACUCUCAAUAGCCAAGGUUGACUGCACGGCCAAUUCUAACACCUGUAACAAAUAUGGAGUCAGUGGCUACCCAACCCUGAAAAUAUUUAGGGAUGGUGAGGAGUCUGGGGCUUAUGAUGGACCGAGAACUGCAGAUGGAAUUGUUAGCACCAUGAAGAAACAGGCCGGCCCCGCAUCACUGGAUCUCAAAUCUGUGGAGGAGUUUGAAAAAUUCAUUGCAGACAAAGACGCUUCAGUUGUGGGUUUCUUCCGCAAUCUGUAUGAAACUGCUCAUUCAGAGUUCUUGAAAGCAGCCAACAGCCUCAGAGAGAACUACAGAUUUGCCCACACAGAUGAGGAUGAACUUGUGAAUAAAUAUGAUUCCAACGGAGAGGGAAUAGUCUUGUUCCGCCCUCCUCGUCUUGCAAAUAAAUUUGAAGAUAGCACCGUUUCAUUCCCUGCUGAUGAGAAAAUUACUAGCAACAAGAUUAAGAAAUUCAUCCAGGACAAUAUCUUUGGUAUCUGCCCCCACAUGACUGAAGACAACAGAGAAUUGAUUCAAGGGAAAGAUCUGCUGGUGGCUUAUUAUGAUGUUGACUAUGAGAAGAAUGCAAAGGGUUCCAACUAUUGGAGGAAUAGAGUUAUGCUAGUAGCAAAGAAGUUCCUAGAUGCCGGCCAUAAGCUGAAUUUUGCAGUUGCUAGUCGUAAAUCUUUUGGCCAUGAAGUAUCCGAGUUUGGUCUGGACGCCAGUGCUGGGGAUCUUCCUGUUGUUGGAAUUAAAACUGCUAAAGGAGACAAAUAUGUUAUGCAGGAAGAAUUCUCUCGUGACGGGAAGGCUUUGGAGAGAUUCCUUCAAGAUUACUUUGAUGGUAAACUGAAGAAAUACUUGAAGUCUGAACCCGUUCCUGAGAACAAUGACGGUCCAGUGAAGGUGCUUGUAGCGGAAAAUUUUGAUGAAAUUGUGAAUGAUGAUAGCAAAGACGUUCUGAUUGAGUUCUAUGCACCCUGGUGUGGACACUGUAAGAACUUGGAGCCCAAAUACAAAGAACUUGGAGAGAAGCUUGCCUCUGAUCCAAAUAUUGUCAUUGCCAAGAUGGAUGCUACUGCCAAUGAUGUGCCUUCUCUUUAUGAAGUUAGAGGUUUCCCUACCAUCUACUUCUCCCCAGCUGGAAGCAAGCAAAGUCCAAAGAGAUAUGAGGGAGGGAGAGAGGUCAGCGACUUCCUCAGCUAUCUGAAGAAGGAGGCUACGAACCCUCCAAUCAUUAAGGAAGAUGAAAAACCCAAGAAGAAAAAGAAGCAAGAAUUGUAAAUUGAAAUUCAUCUAAAAGCAGCGUUUUAUAUCGACCACACAGAAUAAGCUGCAGGGUGGGGUUGUUGUCCUGACAUUGCUGGGAUCCAAGGGGGGACAUGGUGUGAUGGACGCAUUGUGUGCCAGGAUUUCUGUUUUCUUUAUUGAAUGGGGACACGUCCGUCAAUUUAGCUCUUUCUUAGAUGCACUGUUGGAAAUAUCCAAGGACUCUGAAUAUGUGUGGCUUGUUGAGGGGGGGCACCACUUUUCCAUCAAGUUUGGGAGGGAAGGGGGGAGUCUUCAUUUGAUAGUGGUUCUUUUAUUUGUUUCUAUUUUUUUGUACAUUUGGGAAAAAUCAACAAUAAACACCCCCCUACCCAAAA